AUGAGGAAGAGCAAACAGCGUCGUCAGAAAACAACAGUAGUGAUUUUGUGCCAAGCAUUAAUACAGCAAAUCCUACAGACCAUCAAGAGGUUAGUUGGUUUGCCGGUCUUUCAUCUUAUAUUGCGUAUUGUUCUGACUUCCUUUAUCAAUCAGCCAGAGGAGGAAGCAUUGCAGCCUUCUACCAGUGGUACUCAAGCACCGAAAAAUAACGACGAAAUUGAUCACGGAGAGCCCGUAUGUUUCUGGAAUAGACGCGGUGCCAGCGUUUCAACAUGGCGACGCGGUAGCAGGAGCGGUUCGGAAGAUGAGAUUCGUCUGGCGCGAUUCGACAGAACUGAAGAUGAUGAACGAUGA